ACUUUAUUAAUGCAACGUGACGUCAUUGGAAAAUGGAACGAUGGCGGAGGGGAUUUCACUAAAGUGAUUGGUUUCGCUGUUGAAUUAAUGAGAAAUUUGCAUUUAAUUACUUCACACUUUAUUUCCAUUUCUUCCCAUUUAGAUAUUUUCUGAUUGCAAAUUGCUUAUUACUCUUACCGUAAAAUGGACACUGGAGACGAUGAAUUAUACGAUGCUGAUUCGGGUAAUGAAUCUAGUGCAGAAGAUGAAGAUGAAGAUGAACUUUCUAUUUCAUUAGAGCCAGAAUCUUCAUCUAGAGAAAAAUUAGAGACUGAAGAGUUCCAUUAUGAAGUUUUAUCAACUGAACAAAUAGUACAACACAUGGUUGAUUGCAUACGCGAAGUAAACACUGUAGUACAGAUUCCACCUACAAUUACUCGGAUCCUUUUAAAUCAUUUCAAAUGGGAUAAAGAAAAACUUUAUGAAAGAUAUUAUGAUGGUGAUCAAGAUGCUUUAUUUAAAGAAGCCCAUAUAGUCAACCCUUAUAAAGCUCCAAGCACAUCAUCGAAGGAUUCCAGAUUUGGACCUAGAACAGAAGAGUGUGAAAUUUGUUUAAUGACAAUACCAAAAAAUAUGAUGACAGGCAUUGCUUGUGGGCAUCGUUUUUGCACUGAAUGCUGGAAGGAAUAUCUAACAAGUAAAAUUAUGGACCAAGGAAUGUGUCAGAUAAUUGCUUGUGCUGCACAUGGUUGUGACAUUCUUGUGGAUGACCAAACAGUCAUGUCCUUAAUAACUGAUCCGAAAGUGAAAUUAAAAUAUCAACAUCUUAUUACUAAUAGUUUUGUGGAAUGUAAUAGGUUAUUAAGGUGGUGCCCUCAACCUGAAUGUAAUUAUGUCAUUGCUGUACAAUAUGUGGAUGCUCAACCUGUAACAUGUCGUUGUCGCCAUACCUUUUGCUUUGCAUGUGGUGAAAAUUGGCAUGACCCUGUAAAAUGUAAUUUAUUGAGAAAAUGGCAAAAAAAGUGUGAUGAUGACAGUGAGACUUCUAAUUGGAUUGCUGCUAAUACUAAAGAAUGUCCAAAAUGCAAUGCUACCAUUGAAAAAGAUGGUGGUUGCAAUCAUAUGGUGUGCAAAAACCAAAACUGUAAGUCGGAUUUCUGUUGGGUAUGUCUUGGGCCAUGGGAGCCUCAUGGCUCUUCAUGGUAUAACUGUAACCGAUAUGAUGAGAGGGAGGCAAAAUCAGCAAGAGAUGCUCAGGAGAAGUCCAGAGCUGCUCUGCAGCGGUACCUGUUCUACUGUAAUAGAUAUCUCAAUCAUAUGCAGAGCUUGAAAUUUGAGCACAAGUUGUACGCUUCAGUAAAAGAUAAAAUGGAAGAAAUGCAGCAACAAAAUAUGUCUUGGAUUGAAGUUCAGUUCUUAAAAAUUGCUGUAGACAUUCUGUGUCAAUGUCGGCAAACCUUAAUGUACACCUAUGUCUUUGCCUAUUAUCUGAAACGAAACAAUCAAUCGGCAAUAUUUGAACACAAUCAGAGGGAUCUUGAGAGUGCCACUGAAACAUUAUCCGAAUACCUAGAGCGAGAUAUCACUCAAGAAAAUCUUCUUGACAUCAAACAAAAGGUUCAAGACAAGUAUAGAUACUGUGAAAGCAGGUGUAAGGCAUUGUUAGAGCAUGUUCAUGAAGGCUACGAAAAGGACUGGUGGGAAUAUAUUGAUUGAAAUGGGCCUUCUUCUGAACAGAAAACUGUCAAAAUUCCUGAUGCUCGAGUGAAAAAAACGAACUGAUUUGCAAUUCACCCGAGAAAUCCCACGUCCAAAUAAAACACACAAAAUAAAUAAAUUCUGUAGGAUCUUUACUGCCACGAACAAUAAACAUAAUCUUUAUAUUUGUGUGUGCGUGCUGAAAUAACAAAAGAUCAACCUUGAAAUCUGCAAAAAAAAAUUUUAAGCUAGUGAUUACUGUUUUGCCUCAAGAUGAAUAUCGCCUAUGAUUAUACCGUAUUAAUUUUUAUGUUCCCAGUAUUGAUAGGUUUUAGCUGGCUGAAAGAGAUAUUGCUGUCGUGGAAUAAUUGUUGCACGUUUUCUUCAAUUGUAGAUAAUUUAAUAAAGCAAAUUAUUAUAUAUAUGAAAUUCUUAGUUACUCAGAUUGGACAGAUAUUUUUUGACAAUUUAAAACUGUUGCUUUUUUGAUAUUUUGAAGGGACAAUUUGAUUUGUUAAUUAUAAAUUAAAUUUUAUUGUAAUUAUUGUGUCAAUUUGUGAUUUAGAAAUAUUAUAGUGAUUCCAACUUUUUGAUCUGAUGCUAUAUUCUUUGUGCAUGGCAGCAGGUUUUGCAUGCCAUGACAUUUUGGAAAAAGUCAGUUCAAUCUAUCACCAUAAGAAAAUUCGUUACAAAAAAUUUUUAAAAAGUGUUGAAUAAAAUUAUCUUAUUAAGAAGUGACAAACAAUCUUGUAUAUUUUUUUUUCUGUGCAAAGGAGAUCUUGAAUUUAAAAUUUAUUUAUAUAUAACUAGUUACAAUUAUUGUCUUCAAAGCUGUUACUAUGAGCAGAUUUGAAAAAAAAAAAUAUCAUUACAUUAACAAGGGAAAACAAGAAUGUUGUUAAUCAUUAUUACAUGCCUUAUGAAGUUAUGAUAUUUGGGAAUUACAAUUUGAUCCUUCAAUAAUAAAUUUCAAAUCCCCGAGUUUAUGGUUUAGACAAAGAAAAGUCUUGAAUAACAAAAAGUGUUAAUGGCAUUUAAAAAAAAAAAUGUGAUUUAUUUGCUUUGGGACUGAUCUCAAAUUUAUCAACUUGUGUCUCGAAGAAAGGCUGUGUACACACAAACACCCCGUGAAUAUGUGUUAUAUUUGAAAAAAAGUUGGAUAUUAUUUCGUACUUGACACUUUUUAUUAUUUACUUAAAAAGAUGUAAUAAAAGGUUAUGACUUAGUCAAAGUAAAAUGAAGGUUCUAUGAAAUCUGUGGAUUCUUUCCCUAUCUAUUUAUUGUAUUUGUGAUAUGCAUAUGAUUUAGUUUGUAUCAUACCAGAUAUGUAAAUUUGAUUGUAAUUUUGCUUUACUAGUUUUUGACUGUGUUAUUGGUUAGUCUCGUUGUUUAAUGUUGUAGAAAUAAUGCUCAAAAUAUUUUUUUCUCCUCUCUCUCUCUCUCUCUCUCUCUCUUUUUUUUUUUUUUUUUUUUUUCGGUCAUUUUGACUUAGCAUUCCUGGUUACCACCACCAACUUUAGUGAAUUUUUUUUUUAAAAAAAAUACUUCUUUUUUUUUUUUUCUUUUUUUUUUUUUUUUUUUGAAUUUGUUAUAAUAUUGUUAUAGUACUUUUUUUUAUAACCUUUCAUUUCUAAGUUAACUAAUUAUUUUUUAGUUCUAUGUAAAGGGGUGCUAAAAAGCAUUUUCUUACUUAACUGUUAAUUUGGCAGGUUUGUGAAAUAUUGGCAUGUUAAGGAUGUGAGUAUACUUUAGUGUAAAAAGUUCUUCCUUGUAUGUACGACCUUAAUAAGUAAAAAAAUUAAUAGUCCUAGAGAGCUUUUAUUAUACCAAGGGAAUUAAUUAAUUACCUUAAAUGCACUAAUUGCGGUUGGAAUGACUGCAAACGAUAUUUCAUCCUGCAGUGUACAAAAGUUGUAACAAAAAUUGGACUGUGGUUAAUCGUGUAAUAAAAAUUUUUUUUUU